GGACUUGGAGACCGCAAUGUCUCGGGGAAUCGCUUUAUGGUCGCCAAAAGGAAAGAAAAAAAAAAAAGAAAAAAAGCAAUGAUUGAUUGUCUUGGUAAGGGCAGCUCUAGUGGCCCGCCGCAGCCGGGAAGGAAGGAGGAUUGGUUGCCAGAGUCCAGGGGUACUUGAGGACGUGCUUGGCGGCUGAAGCUCGAGAUCUCACAUGUGAAAGCAGCCUGGUCCGUUGAUGAAGAUUAAAGGCUGUAUAAUGAAUGGCAAAUGGGCUGCCUUUUUCUCUCAAUCGUACGUAUAUCUAGGGUGGUGGCAAUUGGACGGCAAUCAGACGUUGAAGCAGGCGGAGAACAGCUUAAACAAGGCCCAGCCCGAUCACGAUGCUGGGGAGCAAAGCAUCUGGCGCUAGAAUCGACGAGUCUAGAAUCAAAGAGGGCCACUAAAGAUGCCAAAGGUUGGAUGAUCGGGCUCCAUCAUAUAGUCGCCGAGACGCUCUGUGCAGAGCCAGCUGAAGGCGACCUUGAUGAUACGAUUUACAGCGCUCGAGGUCGUUUUUUAGUGGAUUGCAGCCACCUGCGGGGCUGAGCCGUUGGGGGAUGUUCGCCCACGAACAGGGGAU